GUUCCAAACGUUCUCUCCGUUUGCUUGUUCUAUCGGUGUUCUGACUUCCCUUCCAGCUAAGUAUUCCCUGUCUUCCUCGUUUUAGAUCGUUUCUGUUCCGUUUCUUUAGGCCUUUUUUUGGGGUGUUCUUUGAUCUCUUGGUUGCUUAUCUAAAUCUUUUGAAGGUAAAACCGGUGACCAAAUCUCAACUUCUGUUGUUGGUUUUGGUUUUGGUUUUCGGGUCGAUCUCGUCCCCCAAAAUCAAAUCUUUUUAGGUUUAGAGAAAGCCCCUCUUCCCCAAAUCUGAUCUUUUUUGGUGGAUCUUUUGAUCCGGAGAAGCCUCUCUUCCAAAAAUCGCUUUUUUGAAGUCUCUUUUCAAUUUGGAUUACAUCCCGUUCCCAAAAUCCGAUCUUUGGUAAGAUUCCAAGCCUAGUGCCAUCGGAUCCAGGUCCAAUAUCCCCUGUUCUUGCUGUUUGUUCUGAUUUCUUGUCCUGGCUGCGUUGGUCUUCCAGUAAAAAUCCCUCCUUUGUUCAUAGAAACUGGUCUUCUGUUUAUAUUUUAAGCCUAUAUUCUGGAACUCGAUGUUCUCGGGCUUAAUUCUUCUAUCGAUAAUCUUUCUCUAGACUCUAUGAAUUUCACUACUCUCCAUCGCCGCCGCAUCUGUGUCCUCCAAUCCUUCUCAGUGGUGUUCCUCUACUGGUUCUACAUCUUCUCAUGAAAUAAACCUCAUUGUUUGAUCGGUUCAAUUCAAAACAAGCACCAAUCUUUUUCUCCACUUGAGUUCCUACGAGCUCCAAUUCGAUCCAAGAACUUAUUUGAAAGAGAAUGUCUUCAUUGCCUGCCCACCAAUCUUUUGAGUCCAAGGGCAAUCCUCAGCUUGUGAUGGAUGAGAGGAAGCGGAAGAGGAUGCUCUCGAACAGGGAGUCAGCGAGGAGGUCCCGGAUGAAGAAGCAGCACCAUCUCGAUGAUCUCAUAAACCAAGCAGCUCAGCUUAGGAAUGAGAAUGAGCACAUUGUGAUGCAGGCCAAUUUGAUCACCCAGCGAUACACCGAGCUGGAGACAGAGAACUCUGUUCUGAGAGCCCAGGUGAUGGAGUUGACCGAGAGGUUGCAGUCACUGAAUUCGGUGCUCCAUAUCUUCGAGGAGGUCAGCGGGAUGGCGAUGGACAUACCGGAGAUACCAGACCCUCUUCUGAGGCCAUGGCAGCUCCCUUGCCCAGCCCAGCCGAUCAUGGCCACUGCAGACAUGUUCCAGUUCUGAAUCAUGAGCACCUUGAAGGGUCUUGUUGGCUUGGUUUAGAGUUAAUUACUAGUUCAGUGGUGUGUUGCAUAUGUUGUAUUCUUAGGUCUCUGAUGGAGUUAUCGGUUAUGUCUAACUAGUAUGUUUUUGAAUUUUUGUGUUUUAAUUCAGUGUGUGGUGUGGGCUUGUGUUUGAUGUAAUAUUUCCUGUAUUACAUGUGGUAUUAAGUGUUUAAAUGGUUGUUUAAUGUGGUGGAAGUAUGAACUUGGUUUGAGUUUCAAUGUAAUGCGAAUUUUGGUUAAAUUGUGGUAGAUCUCAAUUGCUUUUAAAGCAUUUCAAAGAA